AUGAAUGUAAGUAACUUUGAGGAUGCAUUUAACAAUUCCUCCAAAUCAGGGUUUUUUGGUCCAAGCAUGACGAAAUUCCAAUGGGACUCAAAGCAAACACUUUCGCUUCAGCUCACCAUUGGCGCAACAGCCGUUGCUUGUCCAUGGAUCAUAUUUCUAAACAUGUUAGUGAUCUUAGCAAUCAAGAAAGUAAGAGAGCUACAGAAAAACUCAAAUAUUCUGAUUGCUAAUUUGGCCGUGACUGAUCUUUUAGUUGGCACAGUUUCUAUGCCACUUUCAAUCGCUAUGGAUGCACUGAUUCUUCGGGGAACUGUACCACGCAGCACAAUCUAUCUGAUGGGUGAAAUCGGUCUCUCUGUAAUGAUCACCUUAUAUAUUACCUCCUAUCACCAUUUAUUACUGAUAGCUUGGGAGAGGUAUGUGGCGAUAGUUAAAUGGACAGAGUACAAAGUGUUAGUCACAGAAGGACGCAUAAAGAAGUACACUUUAAUCGCUUGGAUGGACAGCGUCACAAAAGUGGCUCUAUAUCGAGCAUUAGUUUUCGCUAAAGUUCCCCAAGAGGUUCUACUUGUGAUGAAUCUUGCGAUCAACUUCAGCUGGCUCACUGAAACGUUAACGGUGGUAUAUUUUUAUCGCAUGAUUUAUAUCGAGGUACGGAGGCAAAACAGAUGUCAAAUCAGCACAUUGAGUGCUCUAAUUAAAGCAAAAAUGGAAAGGAAACUUGCCUACACUGCGUUUCUGCUGUUAAUAGCCGCUUUAAUCUGUUGUUUUCCGAUACUAGUAGUCAUGACCUCCGUAUCAUACUCACCAGUUUUUCGCACGUAUUUAGCUUUGCGAUGGGCAUAUAUCGGGAUUCAAUUAAACUCUCUAGCGAAUCCCGUCCUAUAUUUCUAUAGAAACAAACGUUACAGAAAAGCUCUGCUACAAAUGAUAGGAUUGGAGAAGACACAGGAAAUCGAGCGAGUAGAUCCCAAAGGGCGUUGUGCAAGACAGAACCGUUGCACCGUGGAGCUUGUGGACCCCGAAGGAGCUCUAAGCCUCAAACGAUCAUACUCAUUUCCGAAGCAGACUCUUGGACCGAGGAGCACGAGAGUGUCAAAAACCACAACGACGGAAAGAAAAAUAUCUGCUCCAUGUUUGACGAUAAUAGAAAGCUUGCAAAGCGGGACAUGGUAUGGAGAUGGAGAUGGUAUGACGCAGAUAGAA